GGCCGGUGUCAGUAAACGUCGGCAAAGAAACGUGAUUAAAUUGUUGUCAGCAGCAGAGUUCAGUCACCAUCGCUCUAAAUAACAUGAAAACAGCCUACUAAGCUCUGCUAGGGCAUGUAGAAUGGUCAGAGUGAGGAACGCCCAGAAUUGCGGGCUGCAGUUGCACACUAUUGAAGCUUGGUGCUACAUUAUGUGCACUCUGGGUGCUCAAAUUUUCCACAGCUGACUUGCCUGAGAGUUGUGUUCAACGAUGUCAUGCUAUGUUUGUACAGUAACUGUGUAGUCAGCUAACUGUGUGUAUAUAUACAUAUAUAUAUAUAUACACGACAGAAACAAGACCAUCUGACUUCAACUGGGAAUCACGAAACAGGAGAUGGACAAGCAGAGCAAAUUGUCACCUGCAGUCCAGCCCUUUGUUCCAAAAGUCCAGCAGGAAGGGAGAUUGGAGGCCCCUAAACAACUGACAACUUCACUGCCCCUGACACUACCAAACCCUUAUCUGUUAGAUCAAGGUUCUAGAAGGCAUCAGGCUGGUAAGUCUACUUCAGGUGACGACUCGAGAAAGAGCCCCAGGCAGAGGCCAUCAACCACUGAUGGUAUGCGAGGAGACUCACAGAGCAAGCAUGGCUACAUCAGCAGCCGUCGUACCAAAGGGACAACUGAAACCAGUGCAUACACAGCUGGAGAACGACUCAUACGUGAUCAGCAAACAAAGGCAUCAAAAUCUAGUUCUGAGCUUGGUUCUCAGGACAAUAACAUGAUCAGGACAUCCUUGGAUGCACCAAGAAGAGGGGGUUUUAGAGGGACCAGAUCUGCCCCAAAGUCAUCAGAGAGAUCUGAACCUGCCCAGUUGGAUCUUGUCACAUUUGAGGUGAAAAUGGCUGAAUUCCCAGAGCUGGGUGGUUUGGCACCCGGCAGUCCUGCACUUCCUGCCCCACAGAAACCUGGAACCUGCUGGGGAUCAGCCUCACCAUCCCUCACCCCCCAUCAUCAGAGCUCAGUAUGCACUAGUAAGACUACACCAGUAAGAAAAGGACAAAGACAGGACCCCAGUCGAUGCACCGCUUCCAGUGAAAAUAGUGAUGCAUCCUUGACUAUCGCACAAGCUCAGACUGUGGAGGCAGUUUCACAGAGCAGUGGCCUAGCAGUGACCUCCUGGGCCAAUGUGGCCUCCCAGCCUCCAAAGAAAGUAAUCCCCAAGAAAACGGUCAAUAAUGGCACUCCCUCCCAGAAGGAAACAUCUGUGCAGCAAGAAGAACAAGCCUCUGAGAAGAAGAAGAAAGGGAAGAAGAAGAAGAGAUCCAAAAUGCCGGGUGAAGUUGGAGCGUUAGAGGAGUCUGAGGACCUGGUCAUUUAUCAGGAGCCACCCAAGUUUGAGGAUGAAGAAGAGUUUCCAGACUUGUCUCUGGCCUUCGCUGGUUUAGCCAGAGUGCAAGGCCACAACUCAGUAGUGUUGAGCAACAUUGCAAAACUAGUCAACAAGGAGGAGGGUCACAGAGAAGGAACAGGACUCCAGCCAGGUGACCAAAACAAGGACAAAGCCACAGCAGGAAAAGCUCUCCCUUCAGAGACAAAGAAGGGACAGAAAGCUGAGAAGACCAGUGGGAAGAAGAGCAAAGUCCCUGUGCAGCUGGAUAUUGGGAAUAUGUUGGCGGUUCUGGAGAAGAAACAGCAAACUCAGAAAGACAAGCAGGACACCAAAGGAGUCAUCCUCUCAGUUGGUGGGUCGCUACCUGUCGGCCAUAAGAACGCACUAAUCCAGAAGAAACCAUGGACACAGGAUAAGAUAGCCCACAACCCCUUGGACUCGACCAGCCCUCUGGUAAAGAAGGGCAAGCAGAGAGAGGUUCCCAAAGCUAAGAAACCCACACCACUGAAAAGGGUGAUUCUCAAGGAGAGGGAAGACAGGAAACAGAACCGUUUGCUGGAGGAGCGGGCACUGCCCCCUUCAAGUGAAGAAUCCAAGAUGGCCGGCGACAUAACAGAGGAGCUGUGUGAGGCCAUCGGCAUAGACCAGGACCAGUAUGACUCUACAGAUGUAAGCAGCAGCCCUACUAGCCCCUCUAUGCUUGAGGAGCAGUCAGAAGUACAUGGGGACACUGAGAAGGACACUGAGAAGGACACUGAGAAGGACACUGAGAAGGACACUGAGAAGGACACUGAGAAGGACACUGGAGGAGACUGGGAAUGAACUGGGAAGGAGACGGAGGAGACUGGGAAGGAGACGGAGGAGACUGGGAAGGAGACGGAGGAGACUGGGAAGGAGACUGAAGACCCAACCAACCAGUCUCAGCUACAGCCCUGCCCUCCCUUUCGACCCAAAAUCCACAGCAGGAAAUUCAGAGAUUACUGCAGCCAGGUGCUGAGUAAAGAUGUGGACGAGUGUGUGACCAACCUGCUGAAAGAGCUGGUGCGCUUCCAGGACCGGCUGUACCAGAAAGACCCUAUGAAGGCCCGCAUGAAGAGACGUCUGGUCAUGGGCCUCCGGGAGGUCCUCAAACACCUCAAACUCAGGAAGGUCAAGUGUGUUGUCAUCUCCCCCAACUGUGAACGGAUCCAAUCUAAAGGCGGUCUGGAUGAAGCUCUCCACACCAUCAUUGACACCUGUCGGGAGCAGGGCGUUCCCUUUGUGUUUGCCCUCUCCAGGAAGGCCCUGGGCCGGUGUGUCAACAAAGCUGUGCCUGUCAGCCUUGUGGGCAUCUUUAACUACGAUGGAGCACAGGACCAUUACCACAAAAUGAUUGAACUGUCGUCAGAGGCGAGGAGAGCUUAUGAGGUGAUGAUAGAAAACUUGGAGUUGACAUCACAAGGAGAACAAGAGAACCAAGCGGAUCAGCUAAGCACUGGGCCACUGCCAUCUCCACCAGCCUGCUCAGAAACCGAGGAGCCAGAGUACAUAAAACUGUGGAAGAAAAUGCUGGAGAAGGAAUGCAAUCACAAGUUUUUAAACUUCGAGGAGCAGUUUAGCUCCGUUCCCAGGGCCAGUGACUGUAAAAAACAGAUGGAUGAGAAGAGUUGAUGAUGGAGACUGUGCCUAAAAACCCACUUGAUGCCAGCGCUGACUGUCAGUCCUGAAGGAAAUACUCGAUGGCACGAUUAACCCCCUGAUGUUGCAUCCCAAAUGGCACAUUAUUCCUUAUAUAGUGCUAUAUUUUCUUUGACCGAGCCCUAUGAGUGCUAGGUUAGGGAAUAUUGUGCCAUUUCCGAUGCUGACAGAUCAAAAUUGAUCUAUUUCCUGGGACCAAACCAAUCACUAGAAGUGACCAUUCAGCAUGUGGCACAAUAAUGGCACAAUACACUGCUCCAUGAUGACAGGUUUAUUUACCUAAUGUGCCUAUAUAAAAUAGAAUCAAAGUAUACUUUAUCUGUGAAUGUUAGAUGAGCGACAUGACCUCAAGAUGUCCAGUUUUUUUUUCUGAAACAAUGGAAAUGCCACAAACUGUUUUGUUUUCUUGUGUUCAAAUUAGGCAUAUUAUUUCCUUUGUCAAUCAUGUGUGUACUUACUGUAUAAGGUUGAGAGUCAGUGAUUGUUUCUUUGGCUACACCAGUCAACAAAUGUCUGCUGUCAUAUACGCCGAUAUGAACUUUGGUCUUUGACAUUAUCCAAACAAUAAAAUUAUAAUUUUAUUCUUAAGA